GUUCUUUUUUGAUUGAACUUUUAGUGUGGUCAGCUAGCAGAGAGUUAGCCACCCAUGCUGAACUUGAAAAAAAUCAACAAAUGAAGAAAUACCGUGUGUUUUCUUAUCUCUGUGGACAGUUUCUUCAGAUCUGUGAAAAAUGGACAUGUUUAGUUGUGAUAAGAGUUUGCUUAAUCAUCAUUUCAAUAUAAAUACAAAAUGCUGAAAUCACACAGGUUUUGAAAUGUUACUUUUUAGAUUAUUUCGUUAUGUUGCUUUGUAAUACCAGAUACAGUAUUUUCAUAAGUACGGUUGCAACAUUUGUUUGUGUGCGGGUUUAAAGCAGGACUGUAUUGUCUUUGCCACCAUUUGACCAUCAUGCUCUCGUACCUGUUGCUCCUCGCAGUCAUAUCGACUGUUCAGGCUGAGAAGAUUCAAGGUGUAGAGGAGAACAAUGCCUGUGUAUGUAAAUUAAGCAGCUCUAUCUGGGCUUUUCCUGCCAAACGGUUUGAGGAAGUCGAAACACAAGUCCAGAUCUGUGAUGACAACUUGAAGAAUUUACAGAAAAAGAUAAAGACCAAUAAUGUAGAGCUGCAAAAGAUGGAAUCUGCUCUCAAGAAAAUCACAGAUCGGUUGGAACCCUUUGAUUAUCUCAACAACAAUGGCCUGUACAACGCCCUUCAACUGAGAAAGCUAAGCCAGGAACUUGAAGCGAUCCUUCAGACAGCCAAUGAAGCACAUCAGACAAAUCCCAACAAAGACACAAGUAAACUUCUCAAAGAGUUGGAUAAAACAAAGAGUGACAUUGAGGGCAUGUACAACGACAAUUUAUUCAAUCUCCAGACCAUGAAAAUGAGAUUACGUGACCUCAACAACAGAGCACAAACGUGCAAAACCAUACCAGACGAUUUCAGAAGUUCUUGUCAUCAGCGUAUCAUGACCAGCAUAAGUUCUCCAAGUGUCACAAAGCUCAACUCAAUACAUAAGUCGUACAUCUCUGGUGCUUGGGGCCGAGAUGCCAAACUGAACGAGCAAAUCUACUGGGAGCACUGCCUGGUCAGUGGAAACAAACAUGGCAACACAAUCCGAAUUUACAAAUCAUAUGAAGAUUUCAUGGGCAGCAAAAACUACAAAGAUGAAUACAUUGCAUCAUCUUACAGUCACGCUAAUGCCGUCCAGGGUUCAGGCACUAUACUGUACGAUAACACUGUGUUUUACCAAUGCUACACCAAAGCUGAGAUUUGCAGUUUCAAUAUUAUAACAAAAGUAACCAAGCGAAAGGCUAUCGUUGGUGCUGGUUUCGAAAACACAUUUCCAUACUGCUACUACAGCUGUCGUGAUUGGACCGACUUUGAUCUGGAAGCGGAUCAAGGCGCUGUAUGGGUGAUAUACGCCACGGAGGAGAACCACGGCAAUAUCGUUGUGAGCCGUUUGGACCCGGUUGAGCUCAAUAUUACGCAUACCUGGAAAACACAUUUGUUUAAGAGAUCUGUCACUAACACGUUUAUGGUGUGCGGUGUCUUGUAUGCGACACGUUAUGUUAAUGCUUACCGAGAAGAGGUAUUUUACGCCUUUGAUACGGUCACUGGUCAGGCGAUAAACACUCUUUCUAUAUCUUUUGAGAAAGUUGCAGCUGGUAUAGCCAAUCUGCAUUUUAACCCUGUUGACCGGAAACUUUACAUUUAUAAUGAUGCUUAUCUUUUAGCAUAUGACACCGUCUUUUAAGGUGGGAUAAGCAGAUACAUAAGAUGGAUACAUUGCCCCACUGUUUUUUCUUUUAAUUGAAAGUCAAAUUACGCUUAAUGCAAUUGUUUUUUAUAUUCCCAGACAGCAGACGACUCUGGGCCGGAUCUGCGCCAAAAUCAGCAGCUCCGGUGUGGAUCUGGCCCAGAGUCAUUUGCUCUUUGGGUUAGGACUGAAAUAUGAUCUGUUGUCCUUCAUAUAGUCUGCAAUAAUAAGUAUGGUUUUUAUGUUGUUAUGUGAACAUCGCACUUACAAUGUAUGUUAAUAAGAUGACCAAAUCUUUCAAAUAAAUGUGCUUGUGCAGUGUUGAUGUUUUUUUUUCUUUUAGUGGAACCUGAACUAAACAUAAAAAUACAUGGGGUGCAUCCCAAUUAGUUCUCUAUUGUACAAAUAUUUUGCUUCCUUAUAUUUUUAAGUAUAAUCGAAUUUUAGCUAUUUCAAUUCUGAACAGUGUUGAAUUGCUUAUAAAAAUGAGUUGAAAUUGUAAUAAAAUAGUUCAUUGAAAUGACAUGUAAAGCUAAUUUGAUUGUACAACAAAAAUCUAAUGCAGCAAAACAGUCAUACACAACAGUCAUAUACACAGUCAGGAGUCAAGGCCUGUUUUA